AGGUUUUGAUUUAUUUCAGUUGGUUUGGAUUUGAGAUUUGGGAGUUUUUGGCUUGGUGGAUUUGAGGGUUAAUAAAGAUUUCUCCUGCCUAGUCAAGUGCUUCUUCACACACACCCUUCUGAAGGUCUUACAUUAACUAGGUGACAAUUCUCACAAAAGAUUCAAUUCCCACCCAUGGUGAGGGACCGAAAAUAUCCUCGACACCAGGGCCUAAUUGUUGGCAACUAUUGCCAUGAUGUUCUUCUCCGAGACGACAUUGUAGUGGCCGAGACUCUCGGCGGUGCUGUUUCCUUCAUUUCUGCCGUGUUCGAUGGCAUGUUGGUUUGUCACAAUUCAAUAUCGAAAGUUGGCUGGGACUUCGCUUAUUCGACCCAUCAUGAACCAAUUGUAGUGCCUGAUUCGAAAACCACUUUGUUCCAUGCACACUUCAGCUCUGAAAUCGAUGGGGAUGGGCACCAAGAUCGGAUUUUGAAAAGGGUCUGUGCUUGUGACCCGAUUUGGCCCUCAGAUCUCCCAGAAUCAAGAUUCAAUUUUGGAAUGGCGGUUGGGGUCGGCGGGGAGAUUUUGCCAGAGACGCUUGAGAAAAUGCUUGAAUUAUGUGAAACAGUUUCUGUGGAUAUUCAGGCUUUGAUACGAGAUUUUGAUGCCAUUGAUGGAACUGUGAAACUUGUGGAUUUGAAAGAGAGUGGGUUUUAUCACCUUCUUCCUCAAAUUGGGUUUAUAAAGGCGUCGGGUGAAGAGACUUCGUCUUUGGACAUUGAGGAAGUGAGAAAAUUGUGUUGUGUUGUUGUAACAAAUGGGAAACAUGGGUGCACGGUCUACUGGCAGGAUGAGGAAGCUCAAAUUGGGCCUUUCCCUACGAACCAGGUUGAUCCAACGGGUGCAGGGGACAGUUUUCUUGCUGGGUUCGUGGCUGGACUCGUGCAAGGCUUGCCUGUUGCUGAUGCUGCAUUGUUGGGUAACUUAUUUGGGUCUCUAGCUGUUGGUCAAAUAGGUGUGCCCAAGUUCGAUUUGAGGUUGUUUCAGAGAGUUAAGGAAGAGGUACAGAGGAGGAAGGUGCAGUGUAACAGCUACAGCGAAAUGAAAGCCGAAGACUCGAAGCUUAUGAAGGUGCCAGGAUUUGAACAGUUUCAUGCAUCACUUUCAGCAGCAAACAUGAUAUCUACUUGUCCUGUCCAGGAAUGCCAAUGGGAUCUGUCGAUUUCUCCUCCCGAAACAGUAGAUCAGCCGAAAUUGUUUAGUAGUCCUGUCUUUGAAGAGACGGUUCAAACAAUUGACGGUGGCAAACCAUGACUGGUAAAACUUAUUUUGUGCCUUUUCAAGCCUUUGGAUUCAAAUAAAAUUGCAUCAAAGUAAGAGAUAAUAGGACUCAUUAUGUAUCUUAUAUGUUCCCUCUGCAAUUACCAUGAUCAUGUGCCCCUAAUUAAUUGGUUUUGGCAGAUAUAUAAAUGUAUUUUGAAAAGCUUACUUAUAAAUUGAACAAGUAAUAAAAUGGCCAAUGCCAAUGGCAAGAACACUCAUAUUGUCCACAAGGAUUAAAAUUUAAACACAUUA